AUGAGUGAUAUUGAGGAAUUCUCUGACGUUGAUGCUGGAGCUUCCAAUACUGAGGCUCUUAAGGCCGGAAAGAUCCGCAAGGGUGAUUUCAUUGUCAUUAGCGGAAAGCCCUGCAAGGUCGCUGAGGUUUCUACCUCUAAGACUGGAAAGCAUGGACAUGCUAAGGCCACCAUUGUGGGUAUUGAUAUUUUCACUGGCAGAAAGUACGAAACUAUUUGCCCCACCUCUCACUCUGUGGAGGCCCCUGUCAUCAAGAGAGAGGAAUGGCAGGUCACUGAUAUGGACGCUGAGGGUUUCUUGACUCUGAUGAACGAUGCUUGCGAGGAGAAGGUCGAUUGCAAGGUUACCGAUGAGGCCAUGAAGGCUGGAAUCCAGGAGGCUCUGGAUAAGGGUACUGAGACCGUUCUGGUGACUGUUGUGUCUGCUAUGGAUACCGAAAUGGUCAUGGAUUGGAAGACCAUCAAGGAAUAAGUUAAGGGGAGUUCUCAAUAU